AUGGCGUCAGCCCCGAAUUCAUAUUCCCCUCGCCCGUCGACGUAUUUGGGAGCUGGAGCUGCGCCGAUCCGGAGUCCUGUCCUCGACUCCGAUACUCCUCCGCCGCCUCCACCGAAACCCAGCAGUCAUGAAGCCAGCCGAGGGGGCACUCCACUGCCACGACCUCAGCCAACACAGUCUCAGGAAUAUCAGUCCGACCUGCGAGACCAGUCUUCCGGAGCGAAUGCGGUGACUGAUGCGGAGAAGAAUCAGAAUCCUUCAUACUACAGCCCCGAUGGCCAGCAAGCCCCACUGCCUGAGCCUCCAAGCAUCGAGGACGAAUGGCUGCCGGAUAUCGUGAAGGAUAAAUCAACCGUCGAGUUACAAUCCGUCUUGUCGAACCCGUCCCUCAUUUCCGCCCUGUCGACCCUCCACCCAUCCUACGCCGCCUGGCAGCAGCAUCUGCAGUCCCUUCUCGAAUCGAACAAGGCUCUCGCCCGGCACGUGCUGGACCUCGAGUCGCGCGUCGCGAACCUGCGCGCGUCGACGGAGUCGCUCCUCCUGACGCACCAGUCUCUCGAGGUGUCCUGGCGCAAAAAGCAGGCCGAAAUGGAUGCUGCGCUGGCGCCGUGGUCACCGAAGGCGCUGUAUCAGCGUCUCUCCGCUGCAGUCGCGGAGCAGGAGGCCGUCUGUCAUGCUGUCGAGGAGAGUUUCCUGGAAGGAGACCAUCAGCAGGGGCGGGCGAGUGAUCGCGAAGUGGCGGAUUGGGUCCGGAGGGUCCGAACGGAGGCUGCGAAGCUCGAGGCGCGGAGAGAGGCCAGGGCGAGAUGGGACGAGGGGAGGGUUGGUGGUUGGAGAUAG